AAGGGAAAGAGCAGCCAGUCGCUUUCAGCUUCUUUGUUCCCUAUCUCUCAAUGCGUCUUGCGAGAACAAGAGAACAGCUAGCUACCUCAUUCGGAAGAUAAUAAUCUUCACAAGCAAAAGACCGCAAGGUGAAAUCGUGGUCAUCGAUCACUCAGCGGGACUCCCUUGAGCUUCCGCCGACUUUUGGCGCCUUGACCACUUGAGUCUUUCAUCGUCGUCAACCAGUUGCUGCACAUCACCGCUCUGCAUUCUGCGCUGCUGCCAUCCUCUCGCAAUCUGGCUCCCUUCACGCGUCCAACUCCUCGACAAGCAGCGCACCUUUGUUGGCCGUAGUACGUCAGUCCAAAUUGACGUGCGGCGACCAUCCACAUCUCGUCAACCGCCGGCAUGAUGAACCAUCAUCUGCCGGCAGGGCCAUCGCAUAUUCCGCAAACCGCUCUGCCUGCUCACUCUUCUCCCAUGCAACAACACCACAGUCAAUCGCGCCGCCAGCAGGAAUACCACCACCAGUUCCACCAGCAACAGGUUGCCCACAACCCUUACGCCCAGCAGUAUGCUCACCACCCGGGCGCCCAGGCCUACUACGGCCAUCCCGGCGCGCACAUGGGCUACGCUCCGCAACAGCGUUGGAUGCCCCCGGCUUAUGGCUACCCAAUGCACCAACACCAUCAGCAUCAGUACCAGCAACAUCAACAGCCGCAGUAUCCUCCGCGCUCGCCUGUAGUCGUUAGCUCGCAACCGCAGAUGGCUGGCAUGCCUCAGCCCGUCACGCGACAGACGAGCAUGCCCUACAUGGCCCCUCCUGCGCCCGCUCCGUCUCAAUCGCCCCUGCAUCAGCUUCCCGUUGCUCAAUCGCCUCUGUACCAUGCUCCGCCGACACCCGCCACUUCGAUUCCUCAGUCCUUGCCUUCGCCUCGUCCGGCCUCGGUACAGACCUCAACACCAUCUCUUCCCGCUUCACGCAGGUCAUCCGCCGCUCAGCCUCUGCCUGCCAUACGCCGCAUGCCUUUCUACCCCGACCUACCCUGGUACUCGGUCACCGACGAACCCUUUCCUGCGAAGGCAUCCAAGCGUAGAAGGAAGAGACAGGAUCUGACAGCCAGUAACGAUGCCGUUACUUUGCCAUCACGAGGUGGCGCUCCUGCGACCGAAGCUGCCGCCGAUGUUGACCAAUCUGACGUCUCGACUGUGGCCGCCCCUUCCCAGCUUCCGUCGGCUCAAGAAACUCCCGCAACAUCUCAAGCUCCAUCUGAAGCCGAUGUGAGCGUAGCUGCUCCUUCGCCAGCUCCCGCAGAAUCUUCCAAACCUGCAACCCCCCAGGGCCAGGCCAAGAAAGAUGCAAGACCGGCUAUUCCUAUCGUACCUGCUGUUCCCGCCGUCAGACCGAAGACCGCCUCGUCUGAGACUGUGCCCACUCCUGCCAGCACCACUGAGCAAUCCGCACCUGCCAAUGCUCAAGCUGACGCACCCGCCGAAGGAAACCCUGCUGAGCCUGCCACUCCCGCACCUAAGGCUGCACCGAAGUCAUGGGCAGAUCUGAUGCGCUCGAAGAAUUCAGCAGCAGCUGCUGCCGCAACUGCAUCUACCGUUGCAGUGAACGGUGCCUCCCCGACUAAUGGUGCACCUCCUUCAAGAGCCAGCACCCUUGCUGGCGCUCUCAAGCAGUUCAAUGUUGACGACAAUGACAAGAUUGCCUUUUUGGAGCCCAGGGGACUUGUAAAUACUGGUAACAUGUGCUAUAUGAACUCGAUUCUUCAAAUACUUGUAUACUGUAUGCCUUUUUACAACUUCCUGGAUCAGGUCAGCAAGAGAGCUGCUCAUUCUUUCAAGAGUGAUACUCCUCUUGUCGACGCUAUGAUUAUGUUCAUGAGAGAGUUCAAGACGAUUGACAGCGCAGAGUCUGCUGAGAAGCUUCGCAUGCGCCUUAAGGACCAGGAACUGGAACAGUACGGUGAUUCCAUUACGCCUGAAUAUGUUUACGAUACGAUCAAGCAGCUGCCUCGCUUUUCAUCCAUGAGACGUGGUCACCAGCAAGAUGCCGAGGAGUUCCUUGGUUUCUUGCUUGAUGGUAUCCACGAUGAGUGUAUGACUGUGAUGCGCAAGGCCGGAGUGGAUUCGGACGAAUCCGCGCAGCCCGCCUCGCCUUCUGGCAACCCUUCAGGAGCCAACACUGAUGCUGGCUGGCUCGAGGUCGGCCCCAAGCAGAAACAAUCUGUCACCCGUCAGAGUGGCGAGUCCUUGCCUACUCCUAUCACUCGCAUUUUUGGAGGAUCCCUUCGCUCGGAGCUUCGUGUUCCUGGCCUGAAGAACUCAGUCACCAUGGAACCCUACCAGCCUUUGCAAUUGGACAUCGGUGCUCCGGACGUCAACAACAUCAUCCAAGCAUUGAAGGCCAUCACAAAGCCGGAGACUUUGACUGGGGACUUUGGCUCGCCUCGUGGUCCUGGCACGACUGCUGUCAAGCAAGUCUUCAUUGAGAGCUUGCCUCCUGUCCUGAUUCUUCAUUUGAAGCGCUUCCAGUACGACAACACUGGUGGUACACAAAAGAUUUGGAAGAAGGUUGGUUACCCGCUCGAACUGGAGAUCCCCAAGGAUGUCUUCGCUCCUCAGAAGCGUGGUGGUUUGGCUGUUCAGGGUGGUGCUCCCAAGUACCGUCUGACCUCGGUCGUUUACCACCACGGUAAGAGCGCUGCUGGUGGUCACUACACUGUUGACAUCCUACGUCAAGAUGAGCGUGAAUGGGUUCGCGUGGACGACACCAUCAUCCGCCGCAUCCGCCCUGAGGAUGUGGCAGAGGGUGGCUCUGAGGAAGAUCCGAAGGUACUGGCACGCGCCCUCGAACAGCAUAAGGCCGACCAGGAUGCUUCAAAGCGCAACUUGUUCGAAGGUCUUGAUGGCGAUGAUGACACGGACAGUGUACGAAGCUGGAACGAGGUCAAUGGCGCCAACAAGAAGCCUACAUGGACAUCUGCCGUCGCCAACGGCUCAUCAUCUGGCAAGCGCACGCCAUUGGCCAAGGACAAGAGUAGCGUCAAGGACAACAAGGUUGCAUACAUCUUGUUGUACGAAAAGAUGACGGGUUGAGAAGUGUUUCUCUCAUCGAAACAUUUCUGCAAAAGCUCGAUCUUUGCAAGAUCUGAGCAAUGACCCAAGGCCCUUCGAGGGAGACGAGGAAACGACUGGCGAGGGUUUACUGGCUGCAGAUCCGGUCAAGCAUGGCCCGGAUCCAGCCUAAUGUUUGCAUUUGCAUCAAAAGGCGGCGAAGGGAAAGAAUGCAGACGAAUUCAUCACGCCUGGGGAGGUUUUAUAUUUUGGCCUAACGAAGCUAUGAAUGGGAGGAUGAGUUGGGAGGAGGAUGUGUCUAUAGCAUAGAGAAGGGAGUGACAGGGAUUGAGUUGGCAAAGGUUGUAUUGACAAUGUGUGUCAACAUGCGGUCGCUUCCGACCGUUCGGAUAGAUGAAGAUGUUGAUGUGUUGUGG